GGUUCAUGUGCAUAAUCUUCAUGGGUCGUGAGGUGUUAAGCCACCAUCAGUUGAGAAAUCAUACAUGCGUGCAAUGAACAUUCAUUUGUCACCGCACUUGUUCAUUACCGUUCCAAGAAAACAACCUAGGUAUACGCUAUCUUCAAGGCUCUAGAUGCAAAAGUCCUCAUCUAUCAUUCCAUGACUCGAGGCUCAGUGAUGUAUGCAUUUUAUACAUUGCGUCCUUCGCUUACUGCCAGAGAGUUUUGACGAGUUAUUGUACUGCAGAUAUGUUUGGGAUGAUACUUGAUCGCACAUGCGCAAUGGAUUACGAAGAUAGCGAAGACUACCAGAACAUUAUAUUCGGUUUGGUCUUAGAUUGACUAUUCACUUCAAACACUUUCCCAUAAUACACCCAUGCUUCGAAGUGGAAGCUAAGUUCUAACUAGAUCUUGACAAGGCUCUAUGUCACUCAUUCCUUGGAUUGUGUGGAAUCGUCACUUGUUGUCUGGAUUUUCUGGAGUGCGGUGAAUCGAAUCAUCUCGGAAGAUGAAGUGAAUACAUGAUCAUGUAAAUCUUGGUAGAAAUUGAAACCUGAGCUGAGAUUUCAGAAUGUGGUUACAAAUCUCCUCCUGUUUCUCGCCGACGGACAACUUAUCCUUAAUAAUGGCCAUGAACAACUUUACUCCAUUUUUGGCUUCAUAUAAUGAGCUCGUACAGCAGUGGCAGAAACGACUUCGUAUCUUAAAGGGUAUGGAAGAGAAAGCGGUGGAGUUUCCAGAACUUAUGCGGAUGAUUUGGGUUUUCAAACAGUCUUGCGUUGAGUUUCAAAGUUUUCAGGUCAAGCUGGAUUAUUUUAGCGCAGAAUCUCCAUCUGGUCAUCUCUUUAAUCACUGGCAACAAUUGAGCUCUGAUUUCAAUAAGAUUCGAGCUUGUUUUGCCGCUCUUGAACUGAGCAUCGACAAGUACCACCAUUCCCGAGCGGUGGCUGAACUAUCUCCUCUUACUCCAGUCAACUUACCUGACCCAUCUGUCUUUCUUCCCGAUAUUCAAGAUAACAAAAUGAACAUGGCUAAGAUGGAAGGCUCAAGAAUUCUUAAGAAUAAGCCAAAAAAGCUCAUACUUGCCUUUCCGAUUCGAACAUAUUCUUGUUCGCUGUUCGACAAGAAGAAAAGAGCGCGGAUUGUAACGAGCGUACCAGGGGAGUUGACCUUAAUUCUUCGAGUGAGCAAAGAGUAUCUAAGCUUAAAUGCGCGACCGUCGUUAGAUAUGGAAGAAGAAAUGCGACUUUCUAUUUUGCGCUAUCAGAAAGGUGAAGAAGAGGAAUCAAGAAAGCAAGCAGCGGCAGUUGUGGAGGCAGCGCGGAUAACAGCGAUCAACGAAGCAGAAUCUCGGGAAAAAGCUGAAGAGGAAGCUCAACUUCAGCAGGCCGACAGCAAAAUUCCAUUUAAUUCUGAUGAUACCACUUGCCAGGAGAGUUGCAAGCGGGCUAUUAGUGACGGCGAUGUGCCUGUACCAAUGUCAAGACCUCAAGCCCCUGGCAUGGCAGAGAUUCGACAAGCUCUGAUUACCGCUACAAACCAAAUGUACCUCAGUCAUAAGCAAACAGCCAAAGCUUCCAUGAUCAAGCGCAGAGUUAGGAAGCAGCUCCAGCUUGAUAAGAACUUCUUUGAGGAGAAUGGUUGGCCAAAAAGGUGUGACGUAAUCAUCUUGUGGGCAUUCAAGGAAGCCAGGGAUUUCGAAGUUGUGGGAUAUUAGAUUUAGUCUGAGGGGAAGAACUUUGUGUUCUUUUUCAUUUGAAGUGAGUGUUAUUGAAUUCAAAAGAUCUUUCCAAUACUAACUCGUCACUGGGGUUCAUUAAUGGCGCUGCUGGGUUAUCACUUUGGGUUGGAGGCAAGGCAUUCAUGGAGUUGAGCAAUCAUUAUCGUUACUUGCUAAGAAGUGCGUCUAUAUCUUUUUGCGAUUCAUGGUCACAGCUGGGAAAGGUAUUUCUUUACAGAAUAUUACAUAAUAUUAACGGGAAAAGCUCA